ACUAUCUGCGACAGGCCGUGCUAGCCAACCAUUGCUCGCGCCACACCAGGCAGCAAACGUCCUUGUCCACACAAUUGACUCGCACCCGUGGCGACUAUCCCCUCCUGCCGGUGCCUAUUGGGUGCACUACCAUGGAGUGUUAUGCUCUUCCGUCGACGCGCCUCUCUGCUGAGCGCGUCAGAUGCCCCGCGGCGUGUUUGCCAUGAGCCGCCUACCCACGCCUUCUUCUCCCUAGAGCGCCAUAUACGGCAUUCUCAUAUACUCAGAGCGAUGCACACUACCCCAUUACGCUCGACGCCUACCACCCCACCUACCUCGACCUGCCGAUGGAAGCGGGGACGGCCCGUUCCUCAAAGCGACAACUUUCCUAGACGAAUCCACAAGACUCCCACCCCGGGGCUACAACCUCCGGCUAGCCAGCCUACUUCUAAAGACCCAGCCCCUAUGGCCCGGGACCAUCGUCAAAUACGUCAGGCUUCGGCUACGCUACAUGUACGGCUGGCUGAGACGGCUCCAACAUUGAGCGCUGACCGAUUUCAGCGAGUGGGACUAUGGAAUCCAGCUCACGGACUGCGUUUUGCGACAACAGCGACAGCGGAGGCGCCCAAGCCGGAUAUCUCUGAAACUGCAGAGACCGAAUCUUCAACUAAAGACGAACUCGCCGCGGCAACCCACAUCGACGACCCCUCCCCGCACACUGAUAACGAAGCAGGCGAUGCUGUCGGACAGGAUGGAGAAGCUAGUAUGGGACAUGUCUCGGAGAGUACGGACUCUAGCGACCUCUCGUUCGAAGGAGAGUCAGAGGCCAAGGACGACGAAGACGUAGAUGAGCACGUCUCUCUUGCCUACCAGAUCCCGGAGGAGAAGCUGCGUGCUGCAAUGCUUGCCACUCCCCAAACUCGUGAUAGUUAUUGGAGUGCGAAGCUAUAUCAAGGACCCGAUGGCGAAUCGCUCUCGACCCAUUAUUGCAAGUCUUUCGACGUUGCUGAAAGGGUGGCCAAAUACUUCUUACAAGAGAAGGUGAUAGGCUUUGAUAUUGAGUGGAAGCCUCGCGGAAACCCAUAUUCUAUCAAGCAGAACGCUUCCUUGAUUCAGCUGGCGUGCGAAGAUCGCAUCGCACUCUUUCACGUGUCGCUGUUCUCCGGGAAGACAGUGGAGCAACUGAUGCCACCCAGUCUGAGGGCUGUUCUCGAAUCACCCAGCAUUUACAAGGUAGGCGUGGCUAUCAAAGGCGACUUCAAGCGCCUAGAGAAGUACCUCAACAUUCAAUCUCAAGGUGUCUUCGAGCUUAGUCGCUUGCACAAUCUAGUUGAAUGGUACGAGGUGGAGCCUAGCAAAGUGUCAAACAGACUUGUGAAACUCGCUUCUCAGGUGUUACAGCAUCUCCAACUGCCUUUAUAUAAAGGUGAGCGACUAGUUGACGAUCCGGAUACGACCUCCAGUGUCCGAGAAAGUGACUGGAGUCUGCCCCUGGAUUUGCAACAGAUACACUACGCGGCUGCCGAUGCAUAUGCUGGCUUUCGGCUUUAUCAUAUGCUUGAAUGGAAGAGGACACGGAUGAAGCCAGCCCCUCCUCCAGUAGCUCUUUGCGACUUCGACAACAAGCCUACUCCCAGGUCAAAGGAGCCUCGUAAAAAGGUAAAGACAGCUACCAAGUCUGAUGAUGCAGUGGACGUAGUUGCGAAGUCGUCAAUCGACGCGACAGAAGAGCAACAAGCAGAUGAAGAGGAUGCCGAAGGGUAUGAGACCGCGACGGAGGAAUUUACCGACAGCCACGAACUCGAAUACGCACCAAAUGAAACACGAAAAGCUGCAUCCGUAGAUGACUCGAACAAGAUCUCUACGGCCCAGGCUGCGGUGAAGAUCGAUUCGAAAAAGCUUAAGGCAAGUGGACCUCCUUCACAAAAGCAAAUUGGCCGUGAGGACCUUUCCUGGCUUCAAAAUACCGACCCCGGAUACCCUGAGCUGCCCAAGACAUCGCAGGAAGAAGACGUGGACCCACAGUCUACCGGACCUCCCAAAGAUGAAGUUGCCAUGCAAAUGGGGAAUCAAGGCCAUGAUAUUUCACGCCGGGAGCAGAACGAUAUCGAUGAUGAAUACGCAGACCCAGAACUUGAGGAUGCGCUAAGAUGCAUGACUUUGGACGAAAGUGGGAGGCUUAUUCAAGACGUGAACGAUCCAGCAUCAGAGCAUACUAGCCCGCCAAUUACCAUAAGCCAAAACGAUCUGGGAACGCAGUCAAUACUACAUGCCGAACCAGCAAUCGUUCAAGCUUCUAAUGCUGCCAAAGUGGCUGACCCACCAAGCCCCAAUCAUAUUUCCCUUGAUGCUCCCGAAUCCGCCGAGCCAACACCAGCCCCGCAGUCAAACAUCGGCCUACUGAGCGAGCCAUCACGAACACCUGAGUACAACUUCGCGACAACAUGGGCACAGGAACAUCUUCAAGUUACUAUUCCAUCACCGACUUCAACGACACCCUCACGUAUACGCGCAACUGUGACACACCUUCGCACUUAUCACAUGUGGCACUACCAGAAGCUCUCGGUUGAGAGAAUGGUGGCGAUCUUGCGAGAUCCGCCGCUCUCAAGUAACACGAUCGCGAACUAUAUCUUGCAUGCAGUGACGUUGGAGAGGCUUGAAUAUGAGGAGGACUCUCUCCGAAGUGUGCUACUAGCACUACCUUCAGGGAUGCGAAAGGGACGAUGGAGGCAGCUAGCCGAGAAAGUUGGCGUGUGAAAUGAAUACGCAGAAGACGUUACUACAUCGGCCGUAACUUGAAGAUUUUGCCACAGUAUUUUUUCAAUGAACGGGCUAUUCUUAGACAUUCUAAAACCGCGGGAUGAAGUUGAAUACGUGUUGAGAGGAUUUCCGGUGAUUUUAGUGUUAUGUGGUCUCUUCGUAUUCAGACUUGUCAGUUUGCACAUGGAACGCACUGCGCGGAAGCCAUUCCGCUUUUGUCAACCAAGUCGUGGC